GUUCAAUGUUCCCACACUCACUCACUUAUAUUCAUGUAUUUGCUUCUUCUUCUUACCAUUUCAUCAAACACCUACUCCCCCAUUCUCUCUCUCUCUCUUCAAAAUCUUCCAUUUGCAAAUGGAUAUUAGGACCUCAGAGACCCCAUGCAAGAUCAGAAAGCGGCGGUUUCGGACGGCUUCCUCUUCGUCGUUCGCGAACAACAAUUUAGCGCAGUUUCUCGUCGAAAAAACUGAUUUGAGUCGAAAUGAGAAGUGUGUUGAUCAGUUGGAACCGGAGACGACGGUGGUAUUGCCGAAAUCAGGAAGUGAUGAUCAAGUGAAAGAGGUAAUAAAUCCACACUACAGACAAUCUUGUGACUUUAUGGAGAAAGAUAAUAUCUUUGGAGGGACUCCCUUGACUUACAAUACAAAACAAUUUGAGGCAAAAUCAAGAACUUAUGAUGAGAUGGAAACCGUAACCAAAGAUCGUGGUCAACCAAAAUCGACCCAUGGGUUGGACGAAAUCAAGCACGCGCUCACAGUGUCGAAAGAAAUACUCAAACUUCUAGCUCACGUUUGGACCACUGACACGAACCAUGGUCCCCACCAUCCAACAAGCAUUUCCCUAGCCUCGACAUUGAACCACGAGCUCAACAAGGCUCGGUCUCAUGUCAACAAGUUAAUCCAAGAACAACGGUCCAACCAAACAUGUGCACACAAGUCCAAGGAGCAAGACAAGAUCCGUUUUGCAGUCAAGACCAUAUCACGAGAGCUAGAGACCGAAAGGAAGCUCCGACGACAAGCUGAGCGGAUGAACAAGAAACUCGGCCGAGAACUAGUGAAUACGAAGUCGUCUUUAGCUAAAGCCGUAAAAGAAGCCGAAUCUGAGAAACAAGUGACCGCGGUUUUGGAUGGGUUAUGCCAAAAGAUGGUUCAAAGUAUCGAAGAACAAAGAGUCGAGCUUGAAGAACUAAAGAAAGAAUCUGAACGGGUACGCAAAGAAAUAGAAGAAGAGAGAGAAAUGCUUCGUGUUGCUGAUAUGUUACGUGAGGAACGGGUUCACAUGAAGCUUGUUGACGCAAAACACGAGUACGAGGACAAACAUAAACAAGUGGACAUUCUAGCACGUGACCUCGAAGAGCUUUUGGAAUUCGAUAAUGGCAUACACCAUAUAACACCUAGAGUUUUAUCAUGGUAUCAAAGCACUGAUUACAAGGGCGAAAACAAAAACGAGAAUGACACGCGAAAAGUGGUCAAUGACGGAAACACCCUUGGAGGGGAAGUUGGAAGCUUAUCAUGGUUUGAGAACAACAAGGGUGAAGUUAUAAAUGACGAUACGACAAACACGAACAAUGAGGUCGCCGGGCGUAACUCCGAUUGUAUCGAGUGGGAAUUCGGGCUCGACAUGAAAAAUGAUAGCGGAGAGUUAAACGAGUGUUUGGAAGAGAGAGUUUUAGGGUUAUCGGGCUUGUCUACGAUGAAGGAGUAUGAAGAUGAAAUGAAGAGAUACAAAAUGAUCAAAGAUCUAAGAGACCGUAUAGUAUCCGGUUCGGAUCUUUCUUGAGAUACACUCGACUUUCGAUCUUAUAUGUAAGUUGGUCGGUAAAGCGUCUAAAUCAAUACAAAAGUUUUCAUUUGUUAUCA